AUGCUAAUUAUUGAUGCCCACCUUGAUCUUUCUUGGAACGCACUUCAAGGGAAUCGGGACUUGCUGCGUUCCGCUUAUACCAUCCGUACACAAGAAGUCGGCACCCCGGGCAAGGGACGCGCCCAAGGCACCGUUGCAUUUCCGGACAUGCGUCAGGGGCGACUCGCGGUAUCCGUCGUCACCCUGUUCGCCCGUUGCACCGGGCGACCCGCUCCCCACUCGGAUUAUGCCUCACCAAUCCAGUCCUAUGGCGUUGCUCAAGGGCAGUUGGCUUACUAUCGCGCUUUAGAACAUGAGGGUCACAUUCGCAUUAUUGCAGAUCGCGCGACUUUGGACAGCCAUAUCGCCGAUUGGGAGGCGUGGGAAGAGACGGAAUCAGAUGAUACCCCGCCUCUUGGAUUUGUAAUCAGUAUGGAGGGGGCAGAUUCGAUUCUAAAGCCGGAUCAGCUAGAGGAAUGGGUCGGAGGCGGUCUGCGUCUGCUUGGGCUUACGCAUUACGGGCCAGGACGCUACGCCGGCGGGACAGGCACCGAACUGGGCUUAACUGAACUGGGACCGCCGCUGCUCGCUGAAAUGGAGCGGUUAGGUGUUACCCUCGAUCUCACCCACUGCUCAGAUCAGGCGUUCUGGGAGGCGUUGGAGCACUACGAGGGAUUGGUGUUAGCAAGCCAUAACAACUGCCGGGCACUGGUUCCCCAUCAACGUCAGUUCAGCGAUGCACAACUGCGAGCGAUUUUUGAACGAGAUGGUGUGAUCGGUGCAGCUUUUGACGCGUGGAUGAUGCAACUGGGCUGGGUUUCUGGACAAAGUACAAAUGAAGGGGUCACAUUGAACACAGUCGUUGACCACAUGGACCAUGUGUGCCAAUUGGCGGGCAACAGCCGUCACGCUGGCAUCGGCACAGACCUUGAUGGCGGUUAUGGUCGAGAGCAAUCCCCUUGUGAUUUAGAUACCAUCGCUGAUCUCCAAAAACUUGCGGGUUUGUUGGCAGACCGCGGCUACAACGAUGAAGAUAUUGGCGCCAUCAUGCACGGAAACUGGCUGCGCCUACUACGCCAAGCAUGGACCGAUUAA